UAAAAACAACUUCCCAUUUCUUCCCCCUCCUAGCCCGUUUUUUCGUGUUUCUUGUUCUCUUUCUUUUUCUUUCCCAUUUCUUCUCCUUUCUGGGAUCUUGCAAAACUCUGCUCUUCUCCAUCUCGGACUUGCACUCUCCAAACACUCCUCUCAAUACAACAACAUCAGACGCUACAGUAUACAUAACUCACUCGUCGUAUCAAAACACACACACUGCUCCAAGCAAAAGACAAAAAAGACCCAACAAAACCUCACAAUAAUGUCUCCCACAUACACAAUGUCCGCACACCUGUGCCGCCAAUUCUACACAUCAUGGCACCAAUCCCGCCGCCAAAACCCAACACCCUCAUCAUCACCAACCACCUCAACAACACCAACAAUAGCCCUCCCGUCCCGCUCCCCCUCUCCUGAGAAAAUCCACGAGCGGAGAGGAAGCAUGUCGUCAAACUCAUCCCUAUCGUCCUCACCGUCAAGUCGUUAAAAAAAAAAAAAAAAAUACCGACACGACUUUAAAAGGGAAAACACCUUUUUUUCUUUUCUUCAUUUCUUAUGUUCAUGAGCUGGAGAGAGAGGCGGAUAUUCCAAGUGCUUUGCUCAAGUGUUUUGCCGGACGGUUCAUGGGGGGGUUUAGGAUCACAUCAUCGGCUUCAUCUCAUAUUAAUCAAUAUACCCGACGCCCAUACCAAACAAGGAAAAAACAAGGGAAAAAAAAAAAAAAGAAACAAAAAUACAUUCAAAGCCCCAAACUAUGUUCGUUCUCCUGGUUGUAUACACUUUUAUUCCGACUUGCAACAUCAAUACCUUUGCGGGACGUGACACAGUCACAUCUCAUUUCAAACCCGGCACUUCCAUCUUCGUCUCAUCUGAUUUGGUUCUCUUUGGGGAGAUAGCACCCCCUUUGGCUAGGAGUUUUACAUCGAGUAAUAAAUCAUUUGUUCAUUGCUUCUUCUUC